AUGUCGGCCUCAAGCCCUGCAGUGGAGAUUCGAGCUGGGCUGGCUGAUCCAGAGUCACAGGCUAGAGAACCUCUUCGCAGGGACAUCAGAGGUGAUGGAGCCGACACGGAGAGGAGCCAGGUCUCUCGCCGCAUCCAUGCUUUUUGCAAAUGCACGCCCUGUCGUGUGGCCUUGAACCUCCUCGGCUUGGCCUUGGUGGCGGCUGUGCUUGUCUAUUUUGUCUACGUGCGUAGGCGGCUGGACUGCACCAUCGACUACUGUCAGGAUGUUUUCUUGCCCAGCAAUGCUGUCAGCUGCCAAGAUGCAGUUUGUCAGCGCUGUUCAAGUGAUCGAGCUGCCUCAGCGGACAAGUCAGGUGCCUUCUGCGGACUUCUUUGCGACGUAGCACACUGUCGUAGCAAGGUUCUGGCAGCUCGUGACACCAGCUGUGAGAGCUCCCGGUUAGUUUGCAAUGAUUGUGAAGACGGUUGGGAAGCGGAGCUUGACCGCAAAACCCUGGAACCCACAGGGAAUUGCAGCUUCGCCUGCACUGAUGCUCAGCGACAGGCCGGUUGUGCGCCACGAAGGUGUCGCACUGACGGUUGUGAUGAGUGUGUGCCAGGGUUCAGCGCCCACAACAGCGGGUGCUUGAAGGCUGACACGGCCUCGAAGAUGAGUUUCUACAUGUAUCGAGCGCAGAGUGUCCAAGACUACCCACCUGAGAACUGUGACCUUGCCAGUGCUGCAGGAGUAAUGUGGUACCUCCACAACGAGGUUGUAAAGCUGUGCCCACGCCACUACAACAUCACUCGUGUGAUUCGAUACAACGUAACUGUCUUCAACCCACCCAACGUGUUUUCAGUGCGGCAAGGUCAGUUCGGCCACUUCGUGCAGUUUGACUAUGGGAAGUGCACAGUGCCUGACUGCCCAACUUGGUGGGCUCAAUAUGGAUAUGCCGUGGGCUGCCAGCGUCAGGAUGUGGUCAGAUGGAAGUACGAAGAUUCUUUCUGGUAUAGCUUGCCUGGUCGAUGCCCUUCGCAAAUAUGGUCCAACAAAAGUAGUGAAUGUGAAGAGCAGGAAUUGGGUGGAAGUUGCUCAGCUCCCAAUGGGACUCAGACGUGCACUUGGCAUGCUGAGAAAGCUGGGGAGGUGACCGUGAACGAGCUGUCUGGCAUUUCAGAUCUUGCAGCCUUUUGCGCGGCCGGCAAUGUUGAAUAUGAUGAGAAAACCGACAAGGGCCGAGGCUGCAGUUUCUGGGACGACAAGUUUAAUGCCAGCCGCAACAAGGAGCGCGUUUUGGCGCUCCAGCGGCACUUCGUCCAGAAAUACCAAACGGCGCUCUUGCCAGAUCCCCUUUGUGAUGGGUUCUGA